GCGGGCGGGUUGGUUUGGCGGGCAGCGGCUGGGCGCCGCCAUGAUGGCGGGCGCGGGCGGGAGCGAGCUGAGAGCGCUGCUGGCAGGGAGAGCCAGGAAACGAAGAAGCACCUUUGGGAGCGGAGCGGAGCUCCGUGAAGCAGCUCUGCGGCUUCUGGACCACCAUCAGAACCUGAACGACCUCCUCCUGGAGGUGGAAGAUUUAGUCAAGCCAGCUGGAGAGAGUGGCAAAGAGUACCAGGAAGCAUUGUCAGAAUCGUUCAUCGUCUCUGUUCUGCAGGAGCAGGCCUCAAGAUUGGGUGUCCCCGCAGCAGUCUUGGCCUCCAAAAAUGCUGUUACCAACCUCGAGCGGAUCUGUCAGCCUUCUGCGAGCCCCUGUCAAGUACCACUGCUGAACUUGGACCAGAGAAAGAGACUGUCUUGCUUGCUUCAAACAGUCAAGGAUUUGUUGGUGAACAACGUGUUCAGUCGCUCACACUUCUGUCAAGAAAUAUGGAAAAUGCAGGACCUUCCAGUGCUGGAAGCUGUGUGGCACCUGCACAGAGGCAAUAUCAUCGGACUGGGAGAGCUGCUGGAGAGCAACCCUGACGCCCCUGCUGUGGUGGAGUGGCUGUGCAGCAGCCUUUGUGCUCUGUGUGAGCAGGCGGAGGAGCCCUCGCAGGACGUGGAGCUCGCUGGGCGCGUUCUCUCAGACUUUGCGAUCACGUUUCUUCAGAAUGGCUUUCAGCAACCUUCAGAGAUGGGAAGGAGGUGUGAAUUCAAGAAGGUCCCCAAUAUCUGUCGUGCUGUUUUACAAAGAAUGUUGACAUGGGUGCUUGAUGCUGUUGGUAAAGAGAAGCAGGAGGAUGUCUCUGCGUUGCAAGCUAUGAGGUUCUGGCUGAAUGUGUUCAAUGUGUCAACUUAUAGAAGUGCAGUUCAUCCGGAUUCCUUGCAGCAGUUUUUUAGACACACCCUGACUGAGGUUCUUACCUACAGCCCAUUGUUGAAAGUGUCUGAUGCCAUCCAUAUGCAGAGAGAGUGGAGCUUUACAAGGACUUGUUCGCUGCUCACUACCUUGUAUCGCAAACUGUUUGUGGCAUUCAGCGCAAAGGAGUCGAUCUGCCAGCUACAGCAGGUCCUGGAAACACACGAAGUGAAUUGGCAGCAUGUCCUGUCCUGUGUUUCCACGCUGGUGGUCUGUCAGGCUGAGGCUGAGCAGCUGUUCAAAGAUCUACUGAGCCAUCUCCUGAUAAAGGCUUUUGAGAAUUAUGAUAUGGAAAAUAUGAUCACUGCGUUCCUGAUAGCUCGUCAGGCUGCCAUCGAGGGCCCUGCUGUGUUCAUGCCGUACUCUGAAUGGUUUAAGGCUUCCUUUGGGAGUGCUGGUGGUCACCAUGGGAGCAGCAAGAAAGCUCUGGUCUUCCUCUUUGAGUUCUUGUCAGAGCUAGUGCCCUUUGAAGUAGCCCCAUACUUGAAGGUCCAUAUAAUGUACCCGCCUUUUGUGCCAUCAAAACAUCGAUCUAUUCUCUUGGAGUAUAUCACUCUGGCUAAAACCAGACUGGCUGACCUCAAGGUUGCUAUAGAAGAUAUGGGGCUCUAUGAAGACUUGUCUUCCACGGAUGAAGCCGUGCAGCCCCAGGGCCAGGCGCUUCGUGACGUUGAAAAAGCCCUUCAGAUAUUUGAAAAUACAAGGAAGAUCCCAACAUCUGUGAUAGAAGCCAGUAUUUUCAGGCGACCGUAUUACAUUUCCUGGUUCCUUCCCGCUUUGCUCAGGCCACGCGUGCUCCCUAAGACCCCGGAUGUGUGCAUGGCUUUUAUAGAUUCUUUAAAAAGAGCUGAUAAAAUACCCUCAAACCUGUACUCGACGUAUAUACAAGCCUGUUGUGCUAUGAAGGAGAAAAUGUUACAAGAUGAAUCAAAAGUGGAAACCAGCCAUUCCAAAGAGCCUGUUGAGCAGCUGAAGGCCGAACUGGCUGAACUAAGGAUGCUGAUUGUGGACCAGGCUAAACAUGCAGAUGUGCCAGUACAGAUUGCCUUGAUUUCUGACAGACUCUCAAGUGUCUUGGGUCACAGCGGUGAUGAGAAUGACCCUGCUACUUUGAAUUCUCGAAUCCAAGUUAAUGUUUUUGACCCCAAGCUGGAUCCCUGCCAUCAGAGUGUUGUUGAUCUUCUGCUGACGUCUUUCUGCCAAAACCUAAUUGCUGCUUCCUACUUUAACCCUCCUGACAGGCAGGGCCCAUGUCUCUCCUUGUUUGUGAAGAUGAUAUGUGGACACAGGAGGCUCAUACCUGCCCUUCUGGGCAGGCUCUGUCAGCUUAUUUAUCAUCAGGGUCCUUCCCUGAACGAUGCUCAUAUUUUAGGACUCGCUGCUUUUGUGAUCCAUUUAAGUGAAUCCGGAUCUUUAAUUCCUGAAGUGGAAGCUGAUUUGGGGAUUUCUCAGCCUGCUGCUGAAAAGGUCCUUUCAAUUUCUGAGUACUGGAGCUGCUUGCUGGUGUGCAGGACGAAAGAGUCGUUCUCCUUCUGCAUGAGGUUUUGCACGGCCGCAGUAUCUUAUCUGAUGUGCAAGUUUCCAUCCUUUUCUUGUGGUGAUUUAUGUGCCUUGGUUCCUCCUAGCCUUGUUAAAAAGUUGCAGCACAUUGUACCACGGCUGAGCUUGGAAGCUCGGGGAAUCACAUGCGAGGAAGGUAAAGCUGACCUAAACUGGAGUUCCCUGUCGUGCCCCUCUCUAAACUACAGAAGAGCCAGCCUCUGUUUAUGGAAGCAAGCACGGUUUCAAGAGCUCUCGAAGGAAAAAGCAUUCCAGUUAUCUUUCAGAGAGUGGCUUCUCUGGGAACUAGAAGUGCACCCUGAAAAGGAUAUUCUUUCUGCUUCAGAAAGACAGGAUUUCCAUUAUUGGGCUAUCUAUCAGUGGUAUCUUCCAGCACCUUCUGCUUCUGGUGGCUGUGAUGGAGACCUGGAAAAGGCGUGUGGCAUUAUUAUCAACACCAUUCUGGAUUUCUCGCAGAGGUUGGACCUGGGUAGCUAUGGCCAGCUGAAGAUGUCAGUGAAUCCUGAUAUUGUUUGCAAGUUGCAGGAGCUGGUACUUGAGCUGGGCUGUAGGCGAAGGUUGCUUUCUGGCUGUUUGGAUGCCAAGAGCCACUUCCUGUUUAAGAUUCUUCAGGAAAGAUUGAAAGACAGAAAGCACAACUCUGCUUUGGGUGAGCAGUUGUGGAGGCAGCAGGAGCUGCUGUUGCACAGAAGGAUUCUGGUAGGGCUCCCUGCAUCCACUCUGAUCAUGACUUGUCGGAAAGGAAAGAAAACAACGUUGGACUGUGAAGACUUUUUUAAUUUUGUAAACUCUGAGCUGAAGAACGUCUGUUCCAGAGGGUACGCGCUUCCCUACGACAUCACUGCCCACUUCUUCAGGGGCCUGCUGAAUGCCAGCUUGGACUGUGAAGAAUCAGCAGAAGCGGUCAAUGAUGUUCUAACAACGUGUCAAACCAAAUGUCCCAUUGUGCUUUUCUCUGCAGUGCUCUGGUGGCCACGGUUGGAGCCAAUACUUUGCUCUCAGUGGAAGAGACUCUUCGGGGCUCCGCUUGCAGAAGAGUUGGAAAGACUGAGGGAAUGCCAGUGCUCAGCUAUGGGCUUCCUUUCUUCAGGAGGGGUUUUUCCUCUCUCUGGCCCUCCGUGGAUUUCUGCUGCCUUCCUCCACUGCACCGUUCAACAGCAGUCACCGCAUGGAAGAGAGAGAAACGUACUGAAGAGGCUGGGGACUGACACAGAGCAGCUUCUUGUUUCUCUGCUGUUCUUCUCACUCAUGGAUCUCAUCUCAGCAAAAAUAGCACCAAAGGAGGGCCUGGAUUUUCAGACCUCUCUGGAAUGGUCCCUGGAGAUCUUGCAAUGCCUGGAAGAGAGGGGUGCGUCCUGGCCACUUCUCUUCCAGUCAGCAGAAAAAGGCUCCAAAAAAUACUUUGUCCUGCGCAGUGCGGCCUCGGACUGCCACAGCCAGCUCUUGCCUCUUGCGUUCUACAGCCUCACCCCUGGCUUUGACCACGAGCUGCUUGCUAGAGAGCAGCUCUUCCUCUACGUGGCGCUCGAUCUCUACAUCGAGCUGCUCCAGCUCUUUGUGGAAGGGAAGGACCUGCCCCAGACCGACCAGGUGCGACAAGGCGCAGACCCUGCGGAGCAGGGGGAUCCCAUGGAGGUGAUCUCGAAGGCCCGUCGGUUCCUGCUUGCUGCAAUUCCAUGCUGCCCUACCAGAAGCUUUGGAAGCAUAGGACAGCUGCUAGCUGCGUGUGACCAACUUGACCCCGAGCUGGGAGCCAUCCUCCUGCAUCACUCGAGGCCAGCUGCAGCCCUGGACCUGGACGAGGAGCUGGUCCUGUUCUGAGGGCUAGGCAGUGCCACCGUGCUGACUGGGGACAAGGGACAGACCCGGUGCUACCUUCCUUUCUCAGCAAUGCUGUUUUUUUCCAAUUACUUUGUAAAUAAUUUAUUACAAGCAUAACCAUGAAGCUCUUGUUACAAUAAAAAGUAGGUUACAAAUUUCAAUUUAGA